AUCCCGCAGGCUUAUCUCUGUGCGGGGCCUACCUGGGAGCUAGGCCUCUCCUCUGGGCUUCUUGGAGUCCUGUCCCAACAGCGCAAGAUAAAGAGAGGUCCUGUGGAGCAGAGCUCUUGCUGCCCCUACGCUGCUACAUCUUGGGACAGUGCCUGGCAAAGGAAGGCUUCCCUUGGCUGAUAUCUGCGUUUCCACUUGCUCGAGAGCAGCAGAGGAAAAUGGAAGAAAGGAGAGCAUAUUCGCAACAUGGGGUGUUAUCUCACCUGGAAACGUUGGAGGCGCGGGCUCAUGAGUUAGCCCUAAAGCAAGAAGAAACUGAGCAGCAAGAAGAGAAACUUGCCAGGCUGAAAGCACGAGUGCAAGAGCUGAGGCUUCAGAGGGAUGAGCUACGGGCUAAAGUAGACCUGCAGCAAAAAAGGCUCCUCGGGAAAGAAGGCGUCAUGACAAGUGGUGUCCCAGAUGCAGCCCAGCCCAGUGAUCGUGCGGUUCUAGAGUGGAAGAUAAAAACCGUUCAGGCCAUGCUGCAGGUCUUCUACCUCACAGGCAUCAGUGGGAAGCUGACCAAGCGCGGCGUGUGUUUCUGCAUCAGCACUGCUUACGAGGGCACCUACCUGGAUUCUUACUACGUGGACCUCAUCAUCAAGCCAGCGGUGCAGAUUCAUCGCCACUCUGUCCCGGUCUUCAUCCCCUUGGAGCAGUUAGCCAAGAAGUACUUGCAGACAGACAUCAAGCGCUUCCUAUCUGUGCUGUCCGACCACCUGAAUGCUUAUGUUGGGAGGAGGUACCAGGCCGACCAGUUACAGGAACAUUUUUCAGACCAUCUAGAAGGAACCUUGCAGAGGAACUCCUUGUGUAACGUGUUGGCCUUUAAUUACAAUGUAUCAGGAAAAAAAGAGACCUUUCUGUUCAGCGCAAAGCUGCUUUAUGGAGAUCUCUGUCGCAGCCUCCCCACUGAAGCCAUUAUUUCAUGUACACCGGAUGCUCCCGCGUCUCUAUCAGAGAAGACAGCAGCUCACUCGGACGUGUUUCGCCGCGUGGCUCUGCACAAAGCCUUUAACUCGUUCAGCAGCGCUGAAGAAAGCCUGGAUCAAGCACCGUGAGCGAGUCCAACUCUCCCCAAUAAUGCAUAUUUCCUGAGCUCCCCAGCCUGUGUGGAGCGGUCUCGAAGUGCAGAUGUUUUCUGUGGGGUGCAGCACUGUGGCUGGGAAGCCAGUGAGGAGCAGUUGACCCAGUUUGGGCCCUGAGAGCAAUAUUUCCUUGAGGCUUUCAGGUGUCCAUUCCAGGUCAACUUUCCUUAGUGCCAUGCUUCUUGCUUGUUGUUUGAGAGCUGCUUGCAGUGUUUCUCUGUGGUUGGUGCCAUGGCCCCACAGGACUCCAUAGUCACGGGAAGCAUCUCGCUCUUGGAAUGAGAAAUUAUCUUAGAACUUUGAUAUCUUGGCGCUUUUGGGGCAACAGCUCUGUGGAUCACCACCAUGCACUUAUGCAGACAGCAGACCUUGAAAAGCAGGGAGCGUGAUCUGUCCCCUGCUUAAAACGGCCAGGAAAAGAUGUCACGUUAAAACUGGGGGUUGGGGGACAGCAGGGAUCGUUAUGGUAGGCCACUGAAUUGGGUUUGGACAGAGAUGAGCUUUGGUUGUUGGCAGCAGCACCCCGUGCCCUUCAGUGGGCUGCGUAGCUGGAGUGAAAUCCCCAAAGCAUUAGCAUUGAACUCUCUAGAAGAUUUCGCAGUGGCUUUGGACAUGCUGUUUCCUUCCCUUUGGGCAUAGGGCCACUUUCCUGAUGUCUUGGCUUCAGUUCUGAUCCAAAUUUGGACCAGAAUCUUUAAACACUUGCUGUUUUGUAACAGUCCUGUUUUAACUUGUAAAUAAAAAUGCUGUUAUG